UGAAGUGAAGAAAGGGGAGCGUCUUGGGGGUCAGUGGAGACUUGGAGAGACGCUCAGAAAAACAGCAGUGAGCCAUCGCGGGCUCCAGUAGGAGUGGGAGAAGCCCACUUAGAGUAGGGUCGGGCGGUGCCUAGGCGGGGUUUGGGCGGAGGGCGCGCUUGCACGAGUGGGCGGGACGCUACGUCACCCGUGUGGGCGGGACCGCAGGGGGUUGUCCGCCCGCGGCACGCACAGCAGCCGCAGCCGCCUCGCGCCGGGUCCCGCGGUCGCAGCUCGUGCAGCCUACUUCGCGCCGUCACCUCAGUCUCCCGCUUCGUGGGUCGGUCGCUCCGACACACGGGCUGCAAGCCGCGCCUUUCUUUUCUUCCAAAAGCCCUUGAAGGCCGUCUUCGGUUCCUUUCUUUCCCGCCCGAUUCUUCUUCUCCAGCACCGCGAAGAUGGUGGACCGCGAGCAACUGGUGCAGAAAGCCCGGCUGGCCGAGCAGGCGGAGCGCUACGACGACAUGGCCGCGGCCAUGAAGAACGUGACAGAGUUGAACGAGCCACUGUCCAAUGAAGAGCGGAACCUGCUGUCAGUUGCCUACAAGAAUGUGGUGGGGGCGCGCCGUUCCUCCUGGAGGGUCAUCAGCAGCAUCGAGCAGAAGACGUCUGCAGAUGGCAACGAGAAGAAGAUCGAGAUGGUGCGUGCCUACCGCGAGAAGAUCGAGAAGGAGCUGGAAGCCGUGUGUCAGGAUGUGCUGAGCCUGCUGGAUAACUACCUGAUCAAGAACUGCAGCGAGACCCAGUACGAGAGCAAAGUGUUCUACCUGAAGAUGAAAGGGGACUAUUACCGCUACCUGGCUGAAGUGGCCACUGGGGAAAAGAGGGCCACGGUGGUGGAGUCGUCUGAGAAGGCCUACAGCGAAGCCCACGAGAUCAGCAAGGAGCACAUGCAGCCCACCCACCCCAUCCGGCUGGGCCUGGCUCUCAACUACUCUGUUUUCUACUAUGAGAUCCAGAAUGCCCCAGAGCAAGCGUGCCACCUGGCCAAGACAGCCUUUGAUGACGCCAUCGCCGAGCUCGACACUCUGAAUGAGGACUCCUACAAGGACUCCACUCUGAUCAUGCAGCUGCUCCGUGACAACCUCACCCUCUGGACGAGCGAUCAGCAAGACGAGGAUGGCGGCGAAGGCAACAACUAAGGCCCCGGGGACUGGCAGCGCACGCUGACGCUACUACUGCAGUCUUUAUUUUUUUCCCAUGAGUUGGGGGUCGGGUGGGGGAGGGAAACGGGAGGGCUGACCUUCCCAGGGAGAAACCCACGACCUGUCCUGUCUUUGAUCGCCUCUUUGACAUUUUUGCCAAAAUACCACUAGUGGAGAGUCAGGAGCUGUGCUGGUUUGGGAGUAGUGGCCUCACCCGGCACCCGGACGGUCGCACAGGUUCAUGCAAGUGGAGCUGUCUGCCUUUAGUUUAACUUAUUGCUAGACAGUAGGGUUUGAAGAUGCAAAGCAAAGCUGGAAAUGGAUGGCCCUCAUCCAGUGAGUUCUGUGGUUCCAGUAAGGAAUUUUUUGUACAUACGCUCUCAUCUUGAGUUGUGUGGGUAUUUUCUCUCUGUUGUAGCUGCGCUUUUUUUGUUUGUUUGUUUGAUUCUGAUUUUCUUUUUUUCAGGGUGUUCUGUACCAAAUAUGACAUAGUUUAAAUUACCCAAACGGACAGACUUGGAGCAUAAGGCACAACCCGCCCCUCAUGGUUUAGGCCUGGCCCUGUUUUGGAAGUCUCUGGCGAGCUGACAGUAUUAACAGUGAAUUCCAGUUUACAGUAUUCUUACCUGACAGCCAUACUCAUCAGGAAGCCAUUGAUUCUGAAUUUUCCUCUGUUGUGGCUUUCCCUGCAGACUGCUGCGUCCAGGUUGAUCUGGCUGUUCAUCUGCUUCCUGGGUAGGAAGAUCUGCCUGGGGAAAAUCAGAACUUCUUUAGUUAAAUAGGUGCUUGGCAGGUGGCUGUGGGAUUUUUUUCCCCCCUUCUCCUUUAUUCAUUAUGUAAACCCAUCACAAAAGGUAUUAAUCACUUUGAUUGAAAUUUAAAUAACAUAUACCACACACACCACAUACACAGACAGACAAAGAAAAUUCAGGUCUGUACGUCAUUUCUCUUGUUGGUAUUUUCAGGGACUCUCCUCCCCAGCGGCCAGGGCUCCUCCCUCAAGGACCAUACUGUCUGGCAUUAGUUGACUCUGCACUUGAGUCUGCCCUUUGUGCCAGUGGCAUGCAGGUGACUCUAGAUGCUGAUGAAUUGAGAGGCAGGUGGUCCCCAGGAAACUGAGGUGCAGUGUGGGAAUCAGGUGCAACAGCUGAGCCUACAGAAAACCCCAAAAGACCGCCUCUAUCAUCUGUCCAGUUUGGGGAGCUUUGUCCAUGUUUUUUUUCCCUCCCUGAAACACUCCUCCUGUGAGUGGUUGUAGGAAGAUGACCAAGGUCAUCAGUAGGAAGUAAUGCUCACUUCCUAGUUGACCCCAAUGUUUCCCCUCUGUUCUUUUCCUUUGAUUGAAAGUGCGGGUGUUGUGGUGGGCUUCUCUUGCCUCUCGGCAUUGGGGUCGCCCCCUUGCUGUCCUACACAUUCAUUCUCACUUGGCCCUAGCUGCCCCAUUCUCACUGUGGAUAAAUGGAUCCAUAAGCAUGCCCUGUUGCAUGGAGGGUGUGCAGUGUUCUCUUCCUAGAAGAUCCAUAGCUGUGUGGAUCCCCAAAAUGGGUAACAACCCCAGACUUGCUGUGUUCAUUGUGUGCAGGCAGAGGGGGGGAGAUAAGAAGACCUGGUAGACAUGAGUGUUAACACCAAAACUGAGCUUCCCACUUAGGUUUAACAGGAUGCUGGGGAUGGUGCUGAUGGGAGAAUGCUGCUGUCCACAGGGUCAGUACAUGCCAUCCCUCUACAUAGUCCUCCUAGCAUGCCUUUCCUUCCAGUGCAGAAGUCCUCACUCACUGAGGCUCACAGAAGGACUGAGUGGAGGAAGCUUGGCCACUGGCCAGCCACCCCGGGGCCAGGAGCCAGGGACAGACAGAGGGUUGGUAGGGCUGUGCUUAGUUCAUCAUGUCCACAGUGAGCGGUGUCCUGUAUCCCUCCUUGUAGCGUGUGGAAAUGAUCUACUGGAAUUACAAAACCUAGUGUCUCUAAAUUUCAGCUCUGACUCUGGCUGUCUGGCUGUGUUCUAGAAAAAUCAUGCAAGAGGGCUAGAACAGAAGAGGGAAGAGCGGGAGACCCUAUGUCUGAGCAGCUUGGUUUCUUUCCUUUGUUUUUAAAGAUACGCACUUGCCUAUGAUACUGCCUCUCUGGUGACAUGAUAACUCCUCCAUUACUCUAUUGAUACAAUAUUGUGCAUGCCAGUGUCGUAUUUCUAUAUGGUAGCUUGAAAUUUAUUAACUUAUACUGUAGGUGUUAUGUAU